ACAGAAUUGUAUGGAGAAAGCAGGGCAUUAAAAGAGAGUUUUAUCGGGAGAACCAAAAAUGAUUCUUGCCUACCCCAUGGUUAAUCUCAAGCCUGCAUUCGGCGGUUGUUUUAGCAAACCACUCGCUGUAUCUACCAAUCCUUUCCUCGGUAGCUUCAUUUUCAGCACCAAAUUAAGUUCUGCUCUUCUCAAGUGUCACUGCUGCUCCCACAACAAAGAUACAGAUAAGUCCACUCAAGGAUUAUCUGUGUUGAAAUCAGACAUCCCAUGGAAGACAGGGAGUUUAUGGAGCACCAUGGCUCUGUAUAUGUUCAAUUUGCAUAUUCCUAUGGGUUUUGGUGGCCUUUCCAUUGUUGCUUAUAUCUUGCGUCAACCUGUUCUUGAUCCCCAGACUCAGGCACUAUCAUUGCUUGUAAUUGAUAUUUUGGAACUGCUUGCUACUCUCUUUCUUCUAAAUAGCACCAUUAGGCCAGAAAAAAGGCUUGUGGAUAUUUUCGAAUUUAACUCUGUAGAAAGGAACUGGCUAUUGGCAUCAGCACUGGGUUUUGGAAUACUUAUUUUGAUAGUUUUCCUUACAUCGAUUGUUAUUGAUGAAUUAUUUGGGGUAAAGGAUGUAAAUAACCCUGUACUGAAGGAAAUGCUUCUAAGAAGUGACAUUUCAAAAGUUGCUUGUAUUAUUGUAUACUGCAUCAUCACUCCGAUCCUGGAAGAAGUGGUUUAUAGAGGAUUCAUGUUGGCAUCUCUUGCGUCGACUAUGGAUUGGAAGCAAGCAGUUGUGAUUAGCGCCGCCAUCUUUAGUGCAGCUCACUUCUCUGAACUGCUGGCCAGGAUGAAAGGCAGAAGGGGACAUCUUCAUUCCCAUUGGUAGUAAAUGGACUCACUGAGCAGGAUCCGUUGAAGCAAGCACUGAAGAAGUGGCUGCAAUCUUCUCCUUCCUCUUGAUAUGGCGGUUGUUGUGAAGCUCUGCCAAACUCGAUCUUAGUUCUUCGAGCUCCUUCGUGUUAAGUUGAUCGAUGAGAGCUUCCCACCAACCAUUAGCUUCUUUCCACUUGUCUGCGCCUUUUUUUUCCCCUCAUUUGAUGCAGCCAGUGGG